AUUAUAUGAAGAAUCAUCAACUACCAAGUUGAGAUAUUUUAAUAGUGGGAUCUGAAUAUCUAAUCUCUCCUGCUGCCCACAUCGAAAUAGUAACCCACAUGAGAGUCAUAAACUUUAACGGGGUACCUCAUACAAGCCCUCAUCCAGUUCUAUGAUCAUUGUGGGCUGAUCCAAACCGUUGUUGCCUUGCCAAGGGAUUUUCGCAAACCUAUAGGACACAUUUGGCAAAAUUAAACCUAGUUAGAGAUAAAUGUUGAAUGGCCUUCCUUAACAGAGAUUUAGAAGAAGAAGAGAGGCUUUAAUCAGCCACAAACUCAUGAAACAUUGCCAUUUUAAUCGUCUAUGCUAAUGACAUGAAGGAGCUACUAAAGGAAGCCGGAAUUAUGCCGCCCAUACAUCUCACCAUCACCCAACCGUUUCUUUUAUUGUCUUUUUAUACAUCAAUCAGACAACCAGGCAAAAUGGUUCUAACUACUUCUUUAGUCGAAUAAUUCUUUUAUACUUUAUUUACCAUUGUUUCUUUUGGGUACCGACAUUAAUAACAUCCUCAAAACUAACGUCUUAACAGCUUGGUUGAAACAGGUCUCAAAAACACAAUGAGACAGGUCCUCUCUUAGGUUGAAAUGUCUACCUAAAAAGGCCACAUUUUCUCCUUCGGUUUCUUUUUUUUGUUGUUGUUGUCUUACUCAGAAAAAACUCUGGUUUAUCAAAAGAUAUAAUAACAAUGAUGAAGCGUCAGCCUUUUCUAAAGGAGCAAUCACUAGAGCAACGACUGGAAGAAUCAAAAACUAUAUUAGCCAAAUACCCAGAUCGAAUUCCUGUGAUCAUUGAAAGGUAUUCAAGGACAGACCUCCCAGAUAUAGAGAAGAAUAAGUUCCUGGUUCCUCGAGACAUGUUGGUGGGUCCGUUCAUUCACAUUUUAAGUAGCAGGCUACAUUUGAGUCCUGGAAAAGCUCUCUUUGUUUUUGUGCACAAUACAUUACCUCAAACAGCAAGUCUCAUGGGGUGUGUCUAUAAUUCUUUCAAAGAUGAUGAUGGGUUUCUCUACAUGUGUUACAGCACUGAGAAAACUUUUGGCUAAACUCUCCUCUGCAUCUUUAAUCUUCAAUGUAAAACAUUGGCAAAUAUAUAUACAUAUCUAUGUAUGUAUUGUUGUAAUUGUUUAUAGCUCAAUUCACCCUAUUGAUCUGUAAAUGAUGUAACUAUAUUUAACUAAAAAAAUGUUUAUAUGACUUGUAUUUGCAUAUUAAUGUUUCCUUUUUUAUGUAACAUAUUGGCACUGCACAUUGUAAGA